AUGAAUGGGUCCAGUAGUACUGAGAACUUUGAAUCUCCUCAAAUCAUAGUUGAGCAGCUUGAAAUAAAGGAAGAACUUGAAGACUUAGAGGGGAAAUCCAAGACUAAGAGACGGAAGUAUACUAAGAAGGCAGGAACUAAAAAGGAUAAAGAUGUUGGUGAUUCGAUCAGUGGUGAUAAUAGAAAAGCAGCUCAGGCCACCAGAACAUUGAAAGCUUGUGAUCUAUGUCGAAGACAGAAGACUCGAUGCUUUAGAUCUUCAGAACGGAAUUCAUGUUUAAGAUGUAUAUUUCUUAAUAAACCUUGUUCAUUUGAGCUAGAAGCUGUACCAAUGCCAAUGACUAAUAGUUCGAUUAGUUCUGUCAUGAGUGAUAAUUCUGAAACUGAUAGGAAACUUGAUCUUAUUUAUGGAGGAUUGACUGAAAUCAUGUCCUUGUUGAAGAAUGGCAAUUCCAAUAUUAGUAACAAUAAUACAACUAGCAACAACAAUAAUAACAAUAACAAUAGUCAAUUUUCAUUUCAAUCACCCACAACUUCAUUAAAAGCAGCACCCUUUUCAAUUGUUAGUAAUCAAAUACCAAGUCGAGAUAUUCCUAAACCUAUAUAUGAUUUACUAAAUUUAUCGACUAUAAAGAAAGCAACAACAACUAAAGCAUAUUUCGAACCAUCUGAUGAUAUUCUUUCAUUAGGAAUAUUGACAUUAGCUGAAGCAUGUGAUUUGAUGAAUGAUUUCCGAAGAAAUUAUGGACGUUGGGUUUCAUUUCCUCUGAGUUUAUCAACAGAAGUAUUAAUUGAAAGGAUACGAUAUAAAUCUUCAUUACUUUUGACUACUUGUUGUUUACUAUCUUUGAGAUAUUCUUUGAAUGGGGUUAGUCCUGGAGAUAUUAAUAAUUUUACUAGGAAAAAGAAGACAUAUAAAGAUUUAAUUAAGAAACUUGUUAAAGAUUUAGAUAGUUCAUUAAUUAAGUAUACGGCAUUUCAAGGUACAUCGGAUAAUAGUGGAGAUAUUGAAUUUCUUCAAUCUUUAGUCAUAUUAUCAAUUUAUCUGUUAUCGCUUUCAUCUAUUGUUCCUACUACAAUGGAUGAUGAUGAUGAUCCUCAAGGGAUCGAUCUGGAUUUAGCAGGUUUCAAUCUUGAUGCUUGGUUCUUAUCAAGUAUCGGAUUAACCACCUUUAUAACCAAAUCUACCUUUGGGACAUUGUUUAAGAAUAAUAAUCGAAUUACUUCUUCACCAAAUGCAAAUGCAAGUACAGCUACAGCUACUACUACCACUACUACUACUUCACCAUUUACAGUCUUAUAUGAUGAAUUAGAUUCCGAUGAAUAUCAGACUCUAACAAUCUUACGGAUUUAUAAUCAUCUAUGUCUUGUGCAUUUAAUCAACUGCGUAUUCUCUGGUAGAAUGUGUGUAGUUGAUGAAAUUAGACUUAAUUAUUGUACAGCCACUUUAAGUUUACCUAGUGCAACUAAUUUCGAUGGUAGAAUGGUUAGUGAAAUUGGAAUCUUAUUAAUAGCCUAUAAUUUUGUUCAAGUUCAAUUCAAUAAUGUUAGCUCCACUCGAGAUCUAAGGGAAUUAGAGAUUGGAUUUAAAACCGUUAAGGAAGAAUUGAGAAUGUGGUAUGAUCAAUGGGAAUAUUUAUUCUCUCAACCUAAUUUACAAUUUGUCGAAUUAAAUUAUAAUUUCUGUUCAUUGGUUAUAUAUUAUUGUUAUAACUUUCUGAGAACUAGUGUGAUUAAACCAUUUAAGAAAGAUGCUUCACCUUCUACAAUUAAUGACAAUUCUUCAUUAUAUGAUGAAAAUAAUAUUCAAUAUAUCUUAGCUAAUACUAAUAAAGAUGGGUUAAUUAAAAUGGUGGGUCAUGCUUAUAAAGUGGUUAGAUUUGUUAAUGCUAUAGAAAGUGAUUCAUACUUUGCCUAUUUAUCUGAUCAAAUUCAUUUCUGUUUCUAUUUCAGUGCCAUUUGUUUAAUGAAUUUGUUAAAGUAUCUUCAUAAAAGUCGGCAAUUAACAAUCCUCGAUGAAGUACUGGAGAAUGAUCCUGAAUUAAUGAUUGCAUCUACUAAUUAUCAUCCAAUUACUGAAGACUUGCGUACUUUAAUUGAUAAAUUCAGUAGAGUUGGUCAGGAUAAUCAGGAUGAUAUAAUCUCCAAGUAUAAGGUGGGAUUGAAUACGCUUCUAAAGGAAAAUUUUGCAUUAUAG